AUGCACACCAACUCCGAAAUUGACUGGAGUAAUAUUUUCGCCACUUGGACUGAUGCGUUUGGGGGUUUAGACAUCGAUGGUAUAUUUGAACGUAUUUUGGCAAACGAGGACGAAGCCGGCACCGAUGUAACCAGCGCCAAUAACACUCACGGCAGAGCACAUCGACACCAGCGUCUCACCAAAACGAAACGCCCACCUGAGAUAAAGACAGCUCAAGCGCAGUAG